AUGGAUCGUCAACAUAGGACAGAACAGCUCACACAAGGAAACAUUCAAAAACUAGUAGACAAGCUAGCUAGGGCAAAGACAAGGAGAAUAUUUUUACUUAAGUGCAAGCAACAAAAACUAUGCCCAAAUUUCUUGAAACUCAAAACAGAUCACAUCACAUAUAAUUGUAAAUAUCUCGCUGAUAAAUAUGACAAACUACAGAAAAAGUUCAUAUUUCGUACCAUCAAUUUGCUGAUCACUGACACUACCAAGAACAUAAAUACACUGGAAGGUAACAUUCGAACGAUUCUGGACAAUAAAGAAAAGGACGAAGGGGAACAUUCAAGGCAAAAUUUGGAGUGCUAUAUAAAUGAAAGAUUAAACCUCAUCACAACCAGAAGUGUAUCCAUUCACAAUAAGAAAAUCCAGAAGUUGGCACAAAUUCAGGGAAAAAGUGAAAACGUAAACAACAAUCAAACAAGAGUAGAAAAUUUGUCAACAACAGUACUACCUGACUUCGUGGUGAAAACACUAAACUUGGGCCCCAAAUAUUCCAUUGAGAUAGAAAGAGAAAAUGAAAUCGCAACAUUUAACAUUAUUACACAAAUUGAAAAUACCAUUGAAGAAUUAUCAAAAGAAGACCAGGACAACAUUCGAGCUAAUGUCACACAAGCUCUAAAUACCCAUCAGAGACAACUAAGGAGCAAGAAACAGAGACAAAACAUGAUGAAAUCUAACUUCGAAAAAACUAAAACAUUUUUGAAAGCACACAAUGAUUUGCAAGUCAUAAGAGCUGACAAGGGAAAUAAAAUAGUGGUAAUAACAAAAACCGAAUACAACGAAAAAAUGCACGAAAUUUUAGACGAUAAUACAACCUAUAAACAAAUUAAACGAGACAUGACAAUCACAUUGGAGAAAGAAAACAAUAGAAUAAUCAAAGAAUGGGAACAAAAGAAAUAUAUAACUAAACAAGAUGAGAAAACAUUAUUGACCCAUAACAGUAAAAUACCAAAAAUAUAUGGAUUACCAAAAGUCCACAAACAAAAUAUACCACUAAGACCGAUAGUUUCUUGCAUUCAAUCUCCUUUGUAUAAAUUAUCAAAAUAUAUGGCGAAUAUUCUAUCCAACGCAAUAAAUAAUAAUGAAUAUUAUAUAAAAAACUCAUUCGAUUUGAAAGAAUCAUUGAGAAAUGUUAGGAUCCAAGCAAACCAUCGAUUAUACUCAUUAGAUGUAAAAUCUCUGUAUACAAACAUUCCCACAGAACUAAUAAAGGAGGCAAUCGAAAAUAAUUGGGAAAUAAUCAGACAACACACAUUAAUACCAAAAGAAGAUUUCAUCCAAACAAUACAAUAUAUCACGAACAAUAGCUUCUUCCAAUAUGAGAAAAAUUUCUAUAAACAAAUUAAGGGUGUAGCCAUGGGGAACCCGUUAUCAAGCACGAUAGCACAGUUGGUAAUGGAGUUGAUAGAAAAGAAAAUCAUGGAAAAACAUAAAACUACGUUCUUCAAACGAUAUGUGGACGACAUUUUAGUUAUAACAACAACAACCGAAAUACAGUCGAUUUUGAACGAAUUCAACAACACACACGAAUUUCUACAAUUUACACUUGAGGAAGAAGAAAACAACUGCCUGAACUUCUUGGACAUGACACUAAUGAGAAAAAACGGAAAUUUAUUGACAAAAUGGCACAGAAAGGAGCAGAACACAACACAUAUAUUAGAUUAUAACUCCCAACACCACCAUUCACAUAAGAAAAAUACUGCCAUUGGAUACAUAGACAGGGCGUUAAAAUUAAUAUCCCCAAUACUCCGAGAGAAAACUUUAAAAGAGGUGAAGGAACUUUUGACGAAGAAUCACUACCCUGAAACCCUUAUCACAAAACUAACAAAACAAAGGACGCACCGACUAUACAACACACAACAUACGAAAACACCAACAGAUACCACAAAACGAAUACAAUUACCAUACAUACAAGGGCUGUCACAGAAAAUAAGUAAUAUAUUGAAACCUUACAACCGAGAAGUAGUACAUAGACCAUACAAUCAAGUGGGAAACAUCUUUAGAAUAGAACCCCAACAACGACGAAGGGAAAUAUUGGAAAUGAUUCACAUACAAGUAAACAAUGAAAAUGUAGUGAACGACAAACAAGACACGAAAAAUCUCAGUCAAAUAUACAUGCCAAUACUGAGAAGACCACCGAUAGAAAGAAGAAGACAAGACAACCAACAUUCCAUUGACCCCUGA